AUGGCGCCCUCGGUGCAAAAUGCCCGCAGGGGUCAGGCUCUGGACGACCUCAUCAUGGCAGAACGCCUGUAUUACCCCGACGAGCCGCAUUACUUUCGGUUCUUCGUCAAGAAGUUCCAGCGACGAGCUCCUCUUAUCAACAGGGGUUAUCAUUUACGACUGAAGGUCAUUGACACGCUCGUCCGCCGUUUUCUCCAGAGGCCUUCGUAUCGCAAGAAGGUAGUCGUCAACCUUGGUUGUGGAAGUGAUGUCUUGCCGUGGCAGUGCGAGGUGCGCUACCCGGACGCCUGCCGAGAUGUCACAUUCAUCGACGUCGACUAUCCAGACCUCAUCCAGAAGAAGCGCCGUAUUGUUCUCGACACGCCCGAGCUGCAUGCUCUUCUUGGAACUUGGGAGGUCAAUGACAAGUCCCCCAUCGUCCUCCAAAGCCAGAAAUACUGCCAAAUCGCCUGCGAUCUUCGACAACUCUCCGCCCUGGAAAAUGCUUUAUCCAAGCUGUUUGACCUAUCCGCAACUGAAUUUUUCUUCGUGGCUGAAGUGUCUAUUACAUACAUGGACACGGAGGGUGCUGAUGGUGUCAUCAAUUGGGCUGGUUCCCUUCAACAUGCCGAGUUUUGCUUGCUGGAGCAGAUUCUGCCGGACGGGCCGGAUCAUCCGUUCGCUCAUACGAUGCUCAAGCACUUCAACAAGUUGAAUACACCAAUCAAGUCUGUUUAUCGCUACCCAAGCGUCGCUAGCCAAGAGGCCCGCUUUGAGACAUUGGGAUGGUCCGCGGCGGAGAGUUGGACGCUUUGGGAGGCUUGGGCCAACGACCUGUUCAUGACUUCUGAAGAGAGGCGAGCUCUUGAUGUCGUUGAGCCCUUUGAUGAGUGGGAGGAGUUCGCUCUCUUCGCCAGUCACUAUGUUGUCAUCCUUGCCUCAACUUUUGGGUCUGACCACGGCAGACAUAUCUCUCAAAAGCCACGGGAUUCCACCAUUCCAUCCUAUCAAACGCACAUGAACUUGUCCAAGUAUGAAGCUAAUCGAGGACACCGCCGAUUUGGCGCAGCCAUGCUCGUCGAGAACCCCAAUGGUCAGGUUGUUGUCUCACACAUCCAAGGCCAGGGGCCAAAUGGAAGGUUGACCUCAGUGGACUUAUACCGAAUCUCGGCUGAUCGCCCGCCAGCUUCUUCUUCUCAGAAGGGCCCGUCCGGCAGGACCUCUGCAGAUUAUCUACUCUUUAAUCCCAUCAACGGCUGGACAAGGUGUAAGACACAGGGCUCUCCACCUCCACUUUACGGCGCCACCUUCACGUGUAUAAGCAGCAUGCUGGGAGAAUUUGAGGGAAUCAUUGCCGGGGGACUACUUGAAGACGGCCUCGUAAACCAGAGAACGUACAGAUGGACAUUGAAAACUUCAGAUCCCGAGCCUGUUGUCUCAUUUGAGAUCGUCGAUGCACCGAUUCAGAGGAACCAGACGAGCUUGUUGUCUAGAUUUGGGGCAACAGUCAUCAACUCUGGGGAGUACUCCUUCGUGUUUGGUGGCGUAAUUAAGGACGUCCAAUUGCCUGCGGCAUUGGACAUGAUUAUCGUCAAAGAGGUCAAUGCCGGACUAGAAAUCGUUGCGAGCCUCGUUGGAUUCGGCGAGUCUGGCAGCCUUCGUCCUUUCUUGAUUGGAGCUUCGGUUGUUCCUCACGCCGACGGAGAGUUCGCCGUCGUUGGCGGCGGUGCCACUUGCUUUUCGAUGGGAACCUGCUGGGCACAAGGAAGUUACAACUUCGCAUUCGACACUCAACGACUAGUUUCCGGGCAAAAGAAGCUACCACUUCUAGCUUCCCAAAUUGCGCCAGUCGAGUACUCUGAGACUGUCGAAAUCAGAGCGGACGAGACAAAAGCGAGUACAGAGAUUUUGCCGCCGGUUUCUCUCCAAUGUCUGCCUCGUAUCAAGGUUGAGUCCAAGGAUCAGUUCCAUACAAUCUUAGAUGCGGGGAAACCGGUCAUCAUUGAGUCUGCAAAUUUGGGCCCAUGCGUAUCUGAAUGGUCACAGGAAUAUCUCGUCGAGACUGUCGGCGCAGACCGUGAGGUCUCAGUUCACGAAUCUGCGGUCGAAAAUAUGGAUUUCAACGCCAAGAACUUUCGUUACGUUACCAAGAAUUUCGGCGAAUUCAUCAAAGAGACUGGAGAAGGGAAGCGGCUUUACUUGAGAGCUCUUUCGAAGGAUGAGCCAUCAAAUCUUCCUACACAAUUGGCCACCGACUAUCCAUCCUUGGCAAAGGACUUCAUACUCCCCUCCCAACUCGCCUAUGUUCAAGACAACACCUUCAGUUCCGUGUUGCGCAUCUCUGGCCCGGUCAACAUGUGGUUGCACUAUGAUGUUAUGGCCAACGUUUACGCACAGGUCAGGGGAUCGAAGCGUCUCAUAUUGUUCCCGCCUUCGGACGUUAAACACCUCUCCUUUUCCCCGGGUGCGUCAAGCUCCAGCGUGGAUGUCUUUUCCGCACUGGGUGCGGGCUCACUGCGCGGCGUACAGCCAUACGAGGCCGUCGUGGAGCCAGGCGACAUUCUCUUCUUGCCGCCCCUCUGGCUCCAUACUGCCGCUCCGACUUCGGACAUGAGCGUGGCCGUCAAUAUAUUCUUUCGCAAUCUGGAGAAGGGAUACUCUUCAGGGAGAGACGUCUAUGGCAACCGCGACUUGGCCGCCUACGAGAAGGGGCGCCAGGACGUUUCACGCAUCGCAAAUAACUUCAGCAAGCUGCCAUCAGAUGCUCGGGAGUUCUACAUAAGACGCCUUGCAGAUGAGCUACUGCAAUCAACAAUGAACGUUUAG